UUACUCAUUAUUCGCUAUUGUGACGCACAUUGGUGAUUCGUCCGGCGCUGGACAUUAUAUUAGCUACGUCCGACGAAAUCAGAACAAAUGGUAUCGAUGUGACGACCACCAGAUCAAGGAGGUACACUAUAGCGAUGUGGUGAUGACUGAAGCGUAUCUCUUAUUUUAUCAGCUCACACAGCUACGGCUGAAGUA